UUCAUGACACGCAUGAAAGGUUAAAGGAAACGUGAACUCUACGAGGCUGAGAGAGAUUGGCCCUUUGAUCCCGCGGGCCGCCUAUUAAGAACCAGGGUUCUACGUCAUCAUCAUGUGUGUGCUAUUCAUCGUUAGACAUCGCGCGUUCUACCAACUCGAGCCAGUGCUUUCUGUUGUGGGCAGGAAAGUUGAUGAGGUGGUUGAGCAUGACGUCAAAACUUGCCCAGUUUGUGUGAAAGCUAAAGAGAAAAUCACAGAGAAGCAGUUUGUGAGCAGGAGGAAAACAUUGCUCCAAAACAAACUAAUAGAAGAUAAGAUCCAGAGACAUCUGGUGUGCAAGAAUUCCUUAGACUUAAUUGGAGAAUUAGCUGCGAGUCUACCAAAGCCAAGUGAUGACCCACAAGAGAUUUGGCGCCGUUUGUUGAAUAGCUGAAUUUUUGCCUUGAUAUUUUACCUACAUUAUUACUUCAUACAUGUGAGAUGGACUGGCACAGUAGUUGCAGAUAAGAGUUUGAGGUUCAUGCUGCUCAGUCACUUGGGAAACUCAUAGUGGGGGUUUCAAGUGGGGGCUGAGCCAGCCGGGAACCCUCACCGCUUUAAAUUUGUCAAAAUUAUUUUUAAAAUGGAGGAAAAAAAAUUAUAUUAAAGUUUAUGUCUGGAAGUGCCAUACUCAUAUUUUUUUCUUUCCUCAGCCCCAACCAUUGUGGGGUAAAGGUGGUUAUUGACCCUCUAUCUGCAAAAGCACCUUCCAGGGCCCCCUCUAGUUCGAAUUGCUGGAUCUGCCACUGAAUCACUAUACAUUUUGUCAGUUUACACAAAUGUAUCAAUAGUAUAAACCUCCAGUGGCUUGUGUCCCAUGUAUGUUACAUCAUUUUCUGGAUUAAUCUGGCUUAAAUUAAUUCUACAGGAACAUUCAAGCCUGCUUUAAACCUGUUAAACCUCAUGUAUUUUGAAAGCCAAUGUAUAAUAAUAUUCUGGCAAAAAUAAUGACAAAUCCACUAUGUAUUUCGUCAGUCUACUCAACAGUCUGGCUACAUAUUCCACAGAAACUUUCAAGCCUUCUAUAAUCCUGAAUAAAUAAUGGCUUUAAACAUUCUGCAAGCAUGUCGAAAGCAUAUAAUACGUUUAAUUCCGUUGUUUUUUUUUAAUUGUAAAUUGGUAUUAACUAAAUACCGAUACCAAAUUAUAGGCUUUAGCAUGGGUCGCUAUUAAAUGUUCACGGUACAUGAAAGUAUUGUGGUUUUGUAAUCAAUAAAUGACAUGUGAUUUUAGCAAGAA